UCCUUUCUAGGCUGUAUUGUGGCAAGGAAAAUGGCGGCGGGGGUCGGCAAGCACAAGCUGCUGAACGCAGGUCCCACCGAGCCAUGGUCCAUCCGGGAGAAGCUGUGCCUCGCCUCCUCAGUCAUGCGCAGCGGCGACCAGAACUGGGUGUCUGUAAGCCGUGCAAUCAAACCUUUUGCAGAACCAGGGCGCCCUCCUGAUUGGUUCUCCCAGAAGCAUUGUGCCUCGCAGUACUCGGAGCUGCUGGAAACCACAGAGACCCCAAAACGGAAACGAGGGGAACGAGGAGAGGUUGUAGAGACCGUAGAAGAUGUAAUUGUACGGAAACUGACAGCAGAAAGAAUUGAGGAAUUGAAGAAGUUGAUUAAAGACACACAGGACAAAUACAGGAAGUUGAAAAAGGAAGCAGAACUGAUUCAGAGUGGUCACAUGGACAGCAAACUUGAAGAACUGUGGAACGACAUUGCGGCCAAGAAGAAACAAGAGGAAGAGGAAGCCGAGAUGAAGAGAAAGGCUACAGAUGCUGCUUACCAAGCUCGCCAGGCAGCUAAGAACAUUCCUCGAAGAUCUUCAACUGCAAUAGGACGUUCGUCUGUUGGAUCGUCAUCGCCUGGUGGAGAGUUUGGCCUUGGAGACCUGACACCAAGCAGCACAGAGGAGGGAAGUGUGGGGGUAAGUGUGGGGUCUUUACCAAGCACCCCAAUCUCCUCCUUCAUUGGCAUUCCUGAUACCCCUCCUCCUACUGCCCCUAUGGAGUCCCCGUUGACCCCUGUGAUGGACGACUCUCCCCAGAAAAAGACGGGACAGAAAGCAACUCCACCCCCCUCCCCGCUGUUAUCGGAGCUUCUGAAGAAAGGCAGUCUGUUGCCUACGAGUCCCCGGCUGGUACGGAACCUCCCUGGUCCUCACAGAGGGUGCCCCAACACUACCCAUAGUUAUGCUCAGGGAGGAAACUCUACAAGUAGUCGAUUCUUGCCAUAUUCUUUUCUUUCCUUACAGGUCAAUGAAGGGGAAAUGACUUUAGCAUCUAAUCAUCUAUCUGGAUCGGGCGUUCUAAUGGAUGUUGGCCUUCUCCCCAGUUUGCAUGGAGGUGAGAUGCACCCUGUUCCAGGCACAAUUCCUGCAUCUCCAGCAGCAUCGGGUGCUCCCACUCUUUCCCGGCUUCUAGAAGCUGGUCCAGCACACUUCGCUACACCUCUCGCUUCCUUCUCUGCUCCUGCUGCAAGUGAAUCUCCGUCUAAAUCUUUGCUGACCCCUAUAGAAUCCCAGGCCACCAUUAUUAUGAUGUCAGCCCUGCCAAUGACUGCAGCUGUCCCAGUGACCCAGCAGGAGGACAGCGAUUCUACCUCUGAUCAACACACUGUAACGGUUUCCAUGGAUAGCAGUGACAUUUCCAUGAUCAUAGAUUCCAUCAAUAAAGAUUGCUUGGCAAGUAGCGACGGAAGCAUGCAAACAAAGGAUGAAUCAUCUGAAAGCAAGGGAGACUUGGACCUAGCAGAAAAGAUGGACAUUGCAGUAUCCUACACUGGAGAGGAGUUAGACUUUGAAACCGUUGGUGACAUCAUUGCAAUUAUUGAGGACAAGUCGGCUGAUCAUCCUGAAGUUUUAGACGUAGCUGCAGUUGAGGCAGCCCUUUCGCUUUGCGAAGAGAAUGAUGACCCCCAAGCCCUUGGUGGGCCCUGGGAUCAGCCUGUCCAAGAGCAUUCCGCAAAUCCGGAGAACAUUGCACAGUCUCUUAUCUCAAGGCCCAAAGAUUCAACCUGUGUCCAACCAGACACAAUAAUGAAUAUGAUGGAGAUGACUCCUGAAAUAAAAUCGGAACCUUCUGAGCCUGAAGUGCAGCCUGCCCAGUCAGAGGUGACCUCAAUUACUCCUCGUGCAACCUUUCAGCUUGAACAGCCUGAAGAUGAGAUGAGAAGGACCACUUCACAUGAGAUGGUUAAAGAAGAGGAAGAAGAGCACCAGCUAAAAACUGAGGUACCACAAUGUGAAGAUUCCCAAAAUGAAGCUUUUCCUAGUGAAGAAGAUAAAGGACCGGAAGAUAGUCCAGUUCUAAGUGAACCAGUGAAAACCGAACCUCCACCUAGCAGUAACCACAAGGACUCGCAAGCAGAGGAGGAAGAGGAGGAGGAUGAUGUCACAAGUGAAGUUGGAAGUCCAGAGGAGCCCAAAGAAGAGGAGGCUGGAGAAGAGUACCUGUCUGAGAUGGACAAUGAGCCUCCCAUCAGUGAGAGUGAUGACGGCUUCAGUAUUCAUAAUGCCCAGCUUCAGUCCCACACUCUUGCUGAUUCUAUUCCCAGCAGUCCUGCAUCUUCUCAGUUUUCUGUCUGCAGUGAAGAUCAAGAGGCCAUUCAAGCUCAGAAGAUAUGGAAAAAGGCCAUAAUGUUGGUGUGGCGGGCAGCAGCCAAUCACAGGUAUGCCAAUGUCUUCCUGCAGCCUGUAACAGAUGACAUUGCUCCUGGCUAUCACAGCAUUGUACAAAGGCCUAUGGACCUUUCUACGAUAAAAAAGAACAUUGAGACGGGUAUAAUUCGAACCACAGCUGAGUUUCAGAGAGACAUCAUGCUUAUGUUCCAGAAUGCUGUGAUGUAUAAUAGCUCUGAUCACGACGUCUAUCAUAUGGCUGUGGAGAUGCAGAGGGAUGUGUUGGAGCAGAUUCAGACAGCGGGAAAUGGGCGUUAUUUAAAAACUUUGGCCACGCAGCUGAUUAUGCAGACCUCCGAGUCUGGGAUAAGCGCUAAGAGUCUGAGGGGCCGAGAUUCUACUCGCAAGCAGGACGCCUCUGAAAAGGACAGUGUCCCCAUGGGCUCUCCUGCCUUCCUUCUCUCUCUCUUUGAUGGUGGUACUAGAGGUCGUCGGUGUGCAAUUGAAGCGGAUAUGAAAAUGAAGAAAUGAAGUGACCACGGCUUAUACAUCAUAAGGAGUAUUUAUGGAUUCUUUGU